AUGCCGCCGUCAUGGAAAGAAGGUCUCGUGAAUGCCUUUCCGAUCCCUCACGAUCGUACGAAGUUGAGAUAUACUUCGAAGGAUAAAAACAAUGUGACCAUUUCCUCGGAGCUUGUUUCUGUCGUGGACUCGUUGGGUACUAUCUCUUUGGAAGGAGACCCUUUUCCAUUCCUCGACCUGCCAGCAGAGAUCCGUAACAAGAUUUAUCACUUAGUCUUGUUCGGCAAGCCGGGCUAUCGACUCAUUAAUGGUCGGUUGAGGCCUACCCGCAUAGGUAUUAUGCUUGCCAACAAAAGGACACACCGCGAAGCUGCCUACAUUCUUUACAGCACUUCAAGCUUCCGAAUCUUUCCUCUCCAAGACUUCACCCCGGCGCCGGUCAUACAAGAGCUUCGCCCUGUGUAUCGCGCCAUGGUGACUUCACUGGAAAUGGUGGUCGGCUCGAGUUGGACCAGUCCACCCAAGACGUGGCGUGUAGGUAAACUGCUGGCAAAGCGCCUGUCUAAGCUGUCUGCUGUCCACACUUUGAAGGUCUUUGUCGAGCUUGAUCCGAGCUUGCCGAUGUUUGAGAAAUACAGGGUCUCACUAGACUUCUACACCGACUUCUGUGGAGAGCUCCUGCGAGAUGUCCUUGCGUGCAUGCCGCACGUAAGCCACGUUGAAAUGAGCGGGAAUCCAGGCAUCGACACCACAGGCCCGUUGGUGUCGAGGUUGCUCAAGGAAGUGGAGUUUAAGGGCAGAACAUGUACUUUAGGACCAACGAAGGCGAUCACCACCCCGGCUGGGGUGAAACUGGCGUUUUGGUAA